GAUGGGUUCUGGUGGAAGACCGUUUCAUCUGCCAUCAUCUCAUGUUUAAAAGUGAAUGAUUUAAAUUUUUGGUGUCCUUUCCCGUGAAUUUACAUCAAUGCUUGCUAUCCUGGGACCGGGCAUCGCUAAAGUGCGCUUUCCUUCCCCCCAAAGAAGGUCCCAGCCAGAAUCACAACUUAUUCAAUUGUGAACUCUCCAAUCUGCGAAAGCUGCCAAUCUACUGCGCAUUAUGACCUACGCGCAUAUCAAGGUCAAUGGCGUCUCCUUUCACUCGAUCUUCCAGAAGGAGUGAAGGCCUCUCGACACGAUCAAGCACGAGAAACAACGUAGUGAUCUCACGCCCGCAUCAAGGCAGCAGCCCAGCCAACAUCGGUCGUAAAAAGCGUCCACGCGACGAGGACCCUACGGAUCACGAUGAGGAUAGUUCCAUUGUGAAGAAGAAAGCUAGGAUCGCUAUCGAGAUUGCUUCCAGAUCGAAUGCUCAGCCAAAGACACGUUCCGUCGUGAUCAAGGAGGAGAUCGCGGUCGCUGGGAAGUACGCCGCAGCACCACCGCUGACCAAGUCAAAACAGACGGAGACAGCAACCCAGACUGAGCCUGCGAAGCCACCACAACCUCUACCAGAAUCUGCGAAGAAGCCCGCGAAUCACCACGAGAAGGUCGUCAAUGGAAUCAAGCACGAGCUCGACCGUUUACAGCCCAGCGCAGCAGAUCUCAAGGACGUCAAAGACGACAAGCGAAAAUUACGAUCUCAGGAGGGGACGAGGUUCAAGAGUGAAUUGUCGGCAUACUUUCCAGAAUAUGAUGAAAUUAUUGGUAAUGAACCAAAAGAAGAACGACGCCUUGCAGAUAUUCUGAACAUCGAUACUCCUCUGUCUUGGCCGAAGCCUAGAAAAGCAACCUUGCCACGAAAAGCGGGUGCCCUUGCUGAGAGAUCUGCUCUGAAAGACGAUUCCGAGUCCCUCUUCACCGUUCUGCACAAUUCACAUCGAAUAGAUUCCUCGGUGUUAAGUAGGAACUGUGAAGACGGAGAGGACGAUCCGCUGAAUGACGAUUACUUCGAAUCCAUACAUCGAAAGCCCGAACGGCAAGAGAAGUCGAUUCGGAACACCGACAAAGGUCGAGCUCAACAUGAGAAGGACCAAGUCAUUCGUCUGCUGGAGGGUCUACAAGGUCAUGACUGGUUGAAACUGAUGGGUGUCAGUGGGAUAACGGACAGCAAGAAAAAAGACUAUGAGCCUGCGCGAGAACACUUCAUCAGAGGCUGCGAGGCUAUCAUAGAAAAGUUCAGGAUAUGGAGAGAUGAGGAGAAGCGGAGGAAGUUAGAAAGGGAAGCUGCCCAGGCCGAAGCAGCAGAGGAAGAGGGUGAAGAGGACGAGAAUGGGAAAGAGGAGGAAGAGCAGCAGGAAGAACUGGAAGAAGACGAUGGUAAUGUUAGUGAUGGUGAUCCGCCGGAUUAUAGUGAUGCGGAUGCUUCAGCAGCACGUCAAUUGCACGAAGAAGCAAUUGCUCGAUCGACACCUGCCUUGAAGGGUCCUGGAAGAGGUCGACCAAAAGCCCCGCUAAUACCCCAGCAAGUCGAGGUCAUCGAAAAACCCUUUACAUCCUUCUUCUCGAAACCCUAUCUUCGCGAGGCAGCUCUAGGAAAGCAUCGGCGGAGUGGCAGAACUGUUGCAGCAUGGGGUCAUCCUGUUCCUGAGGUAGAAUACCAGGAUUUCGAUCUACCAGAGCAAUACCGCGAUGAAGAGACAUUGAAGAUUCAUGCUAGGAGGAAGAGACGAGACAGGAGGGUCAGUAAGGAUUAGAGGAGUAACAUACGGCAUGCAAAAAUGGGUGUUCAAAAACACAAUGCCUCGUCGAAAGUGCUUCGUCAGGCAAUCUUGUUGGUUGUAUGAAUCCGGUGCAGGCGUUGGGGAAUGGGCGAUGAUAGCAGGUUGGUUAAGUGUAUCAUAAGAAGGGUGGUGCUAUCGGUGUUGUGGUCUCAAUGAGCCACAAUUAAAGAAAAUCAAAUGAAUUUCACUGUCCCC